AUGACAUUCGUGUUUGAAGCUCGACGGAUGCCCUUUGGCAGCAUCUCUGAGACGUAUGCGGCCCGCCUCCAGCCCAUCGUUGCUCUGCAUGCGCUGGACGAGUUACCUUUGUGGGACCGGUGCAUGCUGGUCGCGGUGCUGCCGGUCGUGCAACAGCGCCACGCGGCCAGCUCCGCAGCAGCGCCGCAAUCGACGGUGGUGUCCUCACCAACGCUCACGGUGGACGUUGGCAACAAUGCAGAUGCCGCCGCUGCUACCGUAGUUGUCGCUUCCCUGCCCUCUGCAAGAACACGAACAGCAAGUAAUGAGGAGAAGCUCAGGGUGUCACCGGGGCUGGCGGGUGCGCCGCUUCUCGAGGAUGUCGCCCUGACAUUGACCAUUGUCCGCGCCUUGGAUGAACUGGAGGUGGUGUACGACUCCAUUAUCAGUACACGAGCGGAGCAGCAGCAGCAGCAGCAGCCUGUGUCCGGUGUGCCCGCCGCAGCGGCGCCACGCCGCGCCUUCGCACAGCCGAAGAAGACGUCGGAGGAGAUUCUCAUGGAGCAACUCCUGCAGGAGCGCUUCAGUGACACGACCUCGUAUCUCCCAGAUAGCAACAGCGACGAUGGCGAGAAUGGCGCCGAGGAGGUGGUUGAUGUGGCCAUGUGUUUCACCAUCAAGGGAGAGAGCCUGGGCAUCGGGUCCGCAAAUGUGUUCGGUGGGCAUGGCUAUCACCCCUGA